AAAAACUGAAAUCCAAUAUGUCUGCAGCAAAAAAUAAUCGAUUAAGCCUUUCAUUUUCCCAGGAGUUUAAACUAAUGCGUUCCGAAUACGAAGUGAGAGUAACCCAACUAGAAAAAGAAGUUUACGAGUGCUGCCGAAUUUUGAAUAAAAUCCCAAGAACUGAAGACGACCUGAAAAGCAGUACUUCAAGAACCAACCACUCGGAAAAUACAAAUUUGGUUUUGUGGGAGUUCAAUAUGCAAGGAAUCCCGGUGGAGAACAUAUCCAUCCAGCUCCGGGACAAUCACGUUUAUCUUAAGGCCUUUAAGAAGAAUCGGGAUAUAGAACAAGAUAUACUAAUGCCCCAAAAUGCGGAUAAGUCAAAAAUAACGGCAACUUUGAGACCGCACGGCACUCUAACCAUAUCUGCUCCAAUAUUUCAGAUACCAGAUUAUUAGGGGCUUUUGUUUUAUGAUACGUAAUUUAUUUAAUGAUUUUCUUUGUUUUAUGCUUAAAUAAUUUGUGUUGGUAAUCGUUUUAACGAUUUUUAAUCUGUA